AAGAAUGUCCAACUACAGCUGAAAGCCUGAAAAGCCAAACCUUUUCGAUGCAAAGGCACGUUUUAUGCUCUAUUUGAUGAUCAUGCUGGAUUGUAGUCUUAAUGAGUGCCGUGCUAAUCUGAGAUAAUGGGCGACUGUUCGGACAGCGAUAUCGAAUGCAUUUCCGACACAUACAGAAUUCCUGAACCAGUUUCUUGCCCAGAUGUGUUGCUGGCGGGUUCCAGUGGCGAUUCCUCCAGCUCUGUGGUCCUUCUGUCGGACAGCCCCUUCCGUCCCCUUUCUGUUCCUUCAAGGUCGUCUUCCGCUGACCGACUUCCAGUUAGUAAGAAUGCCCGCGGAGACCCUUCGGAUGUGGAAACAGAGGAACCGUGGAUGGAACUGUUUGGAUCGACAGAGCAGCGCACAGGCAGACGAAAUCUGUCUCUGUUGGCCACUCCGAACCCAGCCGAUGUGGCUAUAGCUUUUGACGAUGACUUUGAUCCCGAAAUAUUAUUUUUUGAUCCGUCUUCGCCAUUGAAAGAGACCGCUGCCAAACAGGCCUUGAUAUUGCCAACAAACGAAAACUGUUUGCAGUUUUCUGAUAAUUGUGGGCUUGAUUCAGCAUUAAUCUCACCCGAAAAGGAUAAAACAACCAAAACUGGCACUAAGCCUACUUUAGAUGAAAUUAAGAAGCGUUUAUCCGGCAAAAAGCCGAAGAUAAAAUCCACCAGAGUCGAUCUGGAAGUGCGGAUUGGCGAAGAAAAUAACGAUAUUUCUCCUGUCACUGCGCCGAAAAAGAUUACCAAGAAGCGCAAAGAAACUGAUGACGAUUUCGCAAGAAGGCAAGAAGAGCUGGCGGAAAAGAGAAGAAAGAAAGAGGAAGAAAAAGCAGUAAAACAGGCCGCCAAAGACGAGCGCGAAAAAAUACGUAAAGAGAAGAAGCUGGAAAAAGAGGCAUCCAAACUGGAACGAAAAGCACUGAAAGAUGCUUGUCGACCAAUUCAAGGCGGAGAAAACAGCCUGAAGCAUGUGACGGCUUACAUUCCGACCGGUAUUUUCGAAGCAUUUGGAAGGACUGAAUUGGAGAAUUUAUUGAAGGAUGAAUGCCAGUGUUUACGCUAUGAGGAAACAGAUGAUUUCGAUACUUGUGAAGUCAUCUAUUGGAAGCGAGAGCAUAUUACCGCAUCGGUGGAACGUUCGGAAACCAGUGUCGCGAUAAAUAAAAGCGUAGAACACAACCAGGAAAAACAUGUCAUCAUACAAGUGGGAAAAAAGAAUUUCGUAUCGAUGGUUGAUUUGUACCGGCAGGUGAACCCUUCGACUGAUAGAAGGGAAACUCUGGCAGCCUUCGUAAACAAAUGGAAAAGUAAAUAUCCAGACUACAGACUAUAUUUUUUUGUGUACGGAAUGGAAAAGUAUUUUCGCAAUCAACUUAAUAAUUUGGCUCAUGGAGAUAAUCGACCGGCACGAGCAAAACCAAUUCGGAAGUCUAUUGCCGAUAUUCCUUAUAACAUUACAUACGAUGAUGUUGAAAAUGCGAUGAUGGAUCUUUUGUGCCGGUUCAACCUGAAAAUUGACCAAAUCGAAACGACAAAAGACUUCGCUCGGUAUUUGAUUACAAUGCAUAAAGCUGUAUCGGAAUUCCACUUUAAGGCUAUGAAGCGCCAACAGACGCAUCUAUUUGAUGCACUGUCCGCAAAUACAAAAACCCAUGGCGUUACUGUGACGGACGACGCACUGGACGGAUACAAAGAACUGUGGAUUCGACAGUUACAGCAGUUUAUGUUGAUCUCGCGCGAUGUAGCCUUGGCGAUCGCUAAUUUGUACGGAUCUCCUCGCGUUCUCCUUAGUGCCUAUGAUGCUUGCUUGACGGAUAAGGAUCGGGAACGGCUACUUGAGAACGUCAUUGUACGCCGGGGAACAGAGCGACGCAUUGGGCCAAAAAUGUCCCGAAUGAUUUGUAAAUAUAUGUGCUCAAAUGACGGGUGUGAAGUUUUACAAUAAGUAAUGCGCAAGCUAAUACGUUGGUUAUUUGUUGAGAACGCCUGCGUUUAUAUUUUUUUCCCAUGAUGCUACUAUGCUUUUGCUUUGAAUGAGCAGUUUUUUUCCGGAAGCAGUGGCUUUGGUUAUAUUUAAGUUUAAAUUUGUUCCAGUUAUUGGCAUCGAGCAGUAUUCAGUGUAGCAAAAAAACAAGCGC